AUGGACCCCGUUGUAUUCAACCUGGCCCUCUCUCCUGUGAUCGACGGGGACUUCAUUCCUGAUGACCCUUCCAAAUUGUUCAACAAUAUGGCUGAUAUCGAUUACAUGGCUGGAGUCAACGACAUGGACGGACACCUCUUCACUGGUUUAGAUGUUCUUACGAUCAACUCCCCCCUGGUGAACACCCCUAUCGACGAUGUGAAGAGGCUCCUGGCUGCGUACACUAAGGACAAGGGCAAGGCCGGUGCGGACAAUGCUUAUUCCACAUACACCUCAAACUGGGGCUCAAACCCCAGCAGGGAGACCAUCAAGAAAACCGUGGUGGAUAUCGGAACGGACUACAUCUUCCUGGUUCCUAUUCAGGCUGCCCUUUACCUUCAUGCUGCCAACGCAAA